AUGAGACGACCCGGCGGCGCCGCCCCCGUCGUCGUCCUCCUCCUCUGGCUCGCCGCGCUCACCUUCGCCUUCCACGGCUGCGGCGGCGGCGGCCUCGUCAGGUUCGGAAGCUCGGUGGUGGCCGUCGAGCGGGAUCGUCGUCCGGCCUCUCUUCCCAGGAAGAUGCUUCUCGCCGUGGAGAGCCGGAGCCUCGACCCCUCGUCGGCCGCCGGUCCACCACAGCCACAAGAUCAACAACGGCACCAUCAUCAUCACCAUCGUGGUGGUCGCCACCAUCGUCAACGGCACCACCGCCUCCCAAGCAAAUGGAACUGGCAGAGAGUCCCACCGUCCGCCGCUCCCGGGGACGGCAACGAGAUCGACCCGCGGUACGGCGUGGAGAAGCGGCUCGUCCCGACAGGGCCAAACCCGUUGCAUCACUGA